UCUUAUGCAAUUUCUUCAAUAUGAUUAUCAAUUCUGAAUACGAUAAUUCUUUGACGAGCGUGACUCCUUUCUUGAUUGCGGCUUUCAUCAUCGUCCCACGACAUCGUUUGUGUGGUCAGAGAUAGUCCAGUGAUUCAAGUUUGUCCCAAAUAGGUAGCAAUCCGCUGCAAACUUAAAAGCAGAUGAUUCGUUCACCGUGUAAAUGACAUCGUCAUCCAUGUCGGAUGGUGCACAGUGGCAGAUGAUGACAUAGUCGAAACUCAGCUGGGUUAGAUCAUCCAUGUGGCUGGAAUAAUUAUGUUUUGAUACUUGCUGUUAAGUUUUGGGAUGGAAAAGAUAACGAUGCAACGAAAAGUAAGAGAUUGAUAUGUGCUUUAAUUAGUUUUUAUUUAAUUGGUUUUAUCAAUUGUUAAUUAGAAUAAGGAUUAAAUAUUAUGAAUUGUUAGACGUGAGUUAGUUAGGGUGAUUAGUGGGUUAGUGGUUACCUAGAACCAAGGGGCUUUGGCUUAAAGAUAGGUGUUUACCCGUUAAGUUCAUUAGUUGUAGGAUUAUUAGAGUUCCAUUCCCUAUUUAAAGUAGUAGAUGGAUAGAUGAGAGGAAUCAAUCAAGUAUAAUCAAGAAAAGGGUUUUACACACCUACGUGUUAAUUUGGGAGGUUGGCUUUCCUCGAAAAAGCCUAGGGAUUCUGUUCUCGCCAUUAAGAAGAACACUUCUAUUCUCUCUCAAUCUAUCCGUUCUCCAAAAAAGUGCACGUAACAUUUGGUAUCAGAGCCGGUCGAUCCAACAACACCUACAACAAUGAAUGUUCUCGCAAAACCACUUGAUUUUAUGAUGGAGGAGAUGGUGCAAGAGAACGCAAGGUUGAGGCAGGAGAUGCGAGCGAAUUUUGCAGCCCUUAUCGCAAGGUUUGAUCGAUUUCUCGAACGACGGCAGGGAGAUGGCGAACGUCAUAUGGAGAAUGGCGAAUUUAUUCCAAACCAGAACAAGCUUGUAGAAGGGCAAGUAGCCAACUAGCAAGUUCAAGUUCGUCAAGGACGAAUUGAAGGGCGAUCAGACCAGUAGCAAACCUUCACCUGGCCCUCCCAAGAUGUCAGUUGAGCAACCUACGCCAUCAGCGACAGUCGCCAUGCCGCCGGCGAGCAUGUCACACCCAUCGACCCCCACCAUGAUUGUUGUCCAAGUUGAGGCGCUGCACGAAGCUAGCUUGCCGCAAGUCACCAUCAUCUCCUCGAAAAUCGUCGCCGCUAUACAAGACGUCAAAGAGGAUGAAGCCAUUAUCAAAAGUGUUGCUUGCGAGCUCAUUGACCCAAAAAAUAAAAAGGCCGAUGGAAAAAAUGCUAUUGGGAAGUUUGAUGAUUAUCAAGGUCAAGGAAACACCAUGCCAAGUUUACUAUUGGAAGAAAGGGGUCCUUCUUGGGCUAAAAAGCAAAAUUUGGCAAUGGGAGCUUAUCGUCUCAACUAUGGUGGUUCAUGCUCUCUAGAGAUCCAGGUUGAAGAAGACGUCCGAAGUUCAUGGUUGAUUCUUGUGGUCAAGAAUCUUUUCAAGGUGAUGGAAUGUCAUGUGCUUUAAUUAGUUUUUAUUUAAUUGGUUUUAUCAAUUGUUAAUUAGAAUUAGGAUUAAAUAUUAUGAAUUAUUAGACGUGAGUUUGUUGGGGUGAUUAGUGGGUUAGUGGUUACCUAGAACCAAGGGGCUUUAGCUUAAAGAUAGGUGUUUACCUGUUAAGUUCAUUAGUUGUAGGAUUAUUAGAGUUCCAUUCUCUAUUUAAAGUAGUAGAUGGAUAGAUGAGGAGAAUCAAUCAAGUAUAAUCAAGAAAAGGGUUUUACAUACCUACGUGUUAAUUUGGGAGGUUCGCUUUUCUCGAAAAAGUUUAGGGGUUCUGUUCUCACCAUUAAAGAUAACACUUCUAU